AUGAAGGCACCCGAAGAGUCCUCCAUCGAUGGCAACGACGAGAAUUCCUCUACUGGCACCGUCAACGUCGACGUUGAGCACGUCCAACCUGAAAUCAACCACCAUGAAUGGACCAACAACGAUGAUCCUCUCGUUGAUAUCAAGCUGGAUUACGCUGUAGACGAUCUUACCGAGAACUCCACCGACCUUGAAAGGGGCACUGAAAUGUCAAACGACUCGAACGAUGCUGACAAAGCCAAGGAAUCAUCCGACGACAAAACCGAAGAGGACGAAAAACCCAGGGAUCAAGCAAAAGCCCUUUUGGACGCUCUUCGUGCCAAUGGUGAGUCCAGUUUGGACCUUCGUUUGGGACGCCGUGCCCGUGACUUUCAGUUUGCUCAGUCGGAGCGUGCUCGAAAGGGCAAACGCCCUCAAUUGAUCUCUUCCUUGGAAAUCUUCAAUCACCUUGCUGAUAUCCGAGCCGACAUUCAAUGGGCCGAAGACGCUGCAUGGCGCCGCGAAAAUGGAGAGCCAUAUGUCAGUUGGGAAGACUUUGAGAAAAAGCGAAAGCAGAAGAGUUGGAAGCAUCCCUACUUGACUUAUCUCAUUUUGAUCUCCCACUGUUGUAUGAUGGUGUACCAAUUCUAUGUGAGCGGUUGGGCCUUUGCUCCACUCAAGGAGAAUCCUUUGUUUGGUCCACCAGCCAAGAGUCUCUUUGACGCUGGUGGUAUGAGGGCCAAAGAUAUGAUCGAGAGCGGAUCAUGGUGGCGAUUGCUUUCUGCAGCAUUCCUCCAUAGUGGAAUCAUCCAUUUCCUCGUUAAUGACUUGUGUAUUUUUUUCUUUGGGCGCAUGAUUGAAAUCAACCAUGGGACGUCGGUUCUGUUCCUUGUCUAUUUCAUUCCUGCCGUUGCUGGCUUUGUGUGUUCGGCACUUUUUAACCCUGGUGUCACUUCGCUUGGUGCUUCUGGAGCUGUCUUUGGUCUCAUUGGAGCAUCUAUGGCGGACAUUAUUGUCAACUGGAACUUGAUGUUCCUCGUCUUUCGGGAUCACCCUGGCGUGUCUAGGUGCUGCAUCAAAUGGAAGUGUUUCUUUUGGAUGCUCUUGGAAAUGGUCAUUAAUUGGAUCAUCGGUCUCAUGCCCUACAUUGAUAAUCUUGUCCACAUGGGAGGCUGGAUCUACGGUUUGCUUGUCGGGGUUGUUAUUCUCGAACGCUUGCCACUCCAUUUCUUUGGAAAAGGGAAAGGACUUGGAACCAAGUGCCGCGGCUUCACAUUCCGAUUCUUGGUUGCUACUGUUAUUGCAGGGUCACUCGCUUACUUUGGUGUUCAACUCAGUCAGAGCGAUGGAGAAACUAUUCCAUAUCCAGCCAUUACACCAUACUUCAGUUGCAACGAAAUGCCCUUUUGGACCGAAGAAAAGUGGUGGCAUUGUGACGAUUGUUCAACAAUGAAUCUCACGGCCGAUGUCUCCAAGACUGACAGCUCGACUGUGUUCAAUAGAAUUGAGAUGAACUGCCCCGAUGGAUCGAUGGUAGUGGGAGAUGUGGCGGAAUUUGGAUACGAUCUCGCAUCACAGUUCUCCACUCCCGAGCUCCAGGGAAUCUGCCGCAAGCUUUGCUAA